UGAUAAAUAUAUAAUAAAAAUUUCGUGGAGGGAAUUUUAAUUUUUUCGGAUAGCAACAUUGGCUAGGGUGUCGUUGGUAGCACUGAGUUUGAGAUCACCGAGUGAAUAGAUUAGUAAACAGUAAACAAUAAUAGAAAGAGUGAGCCGUUCGUUAAAUGUCCGGGCGUUUUUACAAAUAUACCUGAUGCUCUGUAUUUAUAAAAUUUUGCCGUUAUUAUUUCAAAUCCAAUGUAGGCGGUUGCUCCAUACGUUUCCUUCAUGGAGGUUUGAAGACAGUCUUUAUUACAUUAAAUUGUAUUUUAUAAAAAAAUAUCCCUCAGCUGUAUCUAUUGUCAAAUCUAAGAAAUCAAAAGUUCAAUGGCUGAAGAAAAUACUGAAAUUUGUGGAUUCCUAGAUGUCAAAUUUUUUGGUGGCAAAUCUAAGGUUCAUAAAGUAAAAAAGAGGACAUUAGGUCCUUGGAAAGUAUGGAAAAGACAUUGGUGCUCCAUUAAAAGACUAGGCCCUGGUCUGGGUGUUAAAGUACAACUUGAUUAUACCAUUAGUAAUGGUAGUACUAUGUCACCAAAUGAUAAGGGUAACUCUAUAGUAAUACCAUUGGAUGCCAUCAUUUGUCGUACCCAAUCUAGAUCCAAACAAUUUGCCUUUGGUAUAUUUCCUACCAAAGAAAGAAAACCAUUGCUCUAUUUAGCUGGUAAUUCAGAAACAGAAACACAACGAUGGAUGGCAAAUAUUAGGCAGCUCUUAAAACCCAGAAGGUAUAAAUUUGAUUCAGAAUUUUAUAGUAUAUCUAUGGUUGAUAACACGCAUUCCAAAUCAUCGGGCCUCACAGGACUAUAUGGUGACCUAGUAACUAAUACAUUAGGAGUGAUUAUAAAAGACAUUUAUUCAGGUGAAACAAUACAAAGUUUUGAAUGGAAAGAAUUUGGCCAAGUUCAUUUAAGCACAGCUGGUCGACCAGAAGAUGUUAAAUGCAUAUGUGUAAUUCAUACAACUAAAGAGUUUCGUGGCGGAAUUGGAGAGCUUCAUAUAUUUUGUAUAGAAGCUACAACAUUGUUGCAAGAUUUGGUAACUCAAGGUCGUGGACCGCGAAAUAGACAUAUGAACCGACGACCUUUUAGUUUAAGCGAGGGCGAUCUCAGGUCAUUAGCACGCAACGAAUCGCUACAAAAUUAUCUGAUAUUUAGUGAAAAACCAGACGUGAAAACGUUGAACAGAAGAAGGGAAAAUAACGAUAGAUACGAAGAAAUACGCUGUAAAAUACCUAACUUAGCAGCAGAAGAUGUCUAUCAACCUGAACCACCUAGUACUUCAAAUUUUGGAGCAAGUUUUGGUGAUCCAGGUAGCUGCUCUCAGAAUAAAAGGGUUUCUGACAUUUCUAUGGCCUCUGGGAUUUAUGAGGAAAUAGCAGAUGAACGAAGCAGUAGUGGAACAGCUUCUCCAAGUUCCCAUAUGCAUCAAUUGUUCUCCACUCAUCAUCCACAAGAACCACCACCCUUACCUCCAAGACAAAGAGCUGCUUCAGAGUCUAUAAGUAUCAACAGGUUGCAAGAUGCCCGAAUGUUUCCAUCAAACUUUAGAACUAUGCUACCAGCUCGAAACUUUAUACAAAGCGGAAGAAGUGCUGCGAUACAGAAGAUACUGGAUAACUCCAAUUAUGUUCCUAUGUCUCCUCGAUUAAAAGAUAUCUCUCUACACAAUCUACAAAUGCAAGCAGCUCAACAGGAAAACGAUUACGUUGCGCCGAAUCAAAGAAAUCCUUUAACGCCACAAAGAAUGAUAGAUAACUCCAAUUAUGUUCCCAUGUCACCUCGAUUAAAAGAUAUCACUUUGCACAAUCUACAAACACAAGAAAUUCAACCGGAAAACGAGUAUGUUAUUAUGCGCUAAACGAUUUGCUAAAAACAGUGACAAUAUUUUUAUAAAAAGUCAUGUUUGAAUCAUAUCUCUUAUGCAAUAUUUGACCCCUUUUCUGAACUGCUUUUAAAUGUAGUAUCAAUUUAUUAUAUAUGAAA